AUGUUUUCGUGUACUUGUGUUCCUGUAGUUAAUAGACUCUUCGAACCUAAGAGGGCACAAUAUGGGGGAGGCAUUACAGUAAAUCCAGGAUUUGAUCACAACAUAAAUGGCUGGAAAGUGUUUGGAAAUGGAACAAUCGAGGAACGAGUAUCAAACAACGGAAAUAGAUUCAUUGUUGCCAGCAACAGAACACAACCAUUGGAUAGUUUUUCACAGAAGGUCCAACUGAAGAAAGGAAUGAUAUAUACUUUUUCUGCUUGGUUUCAGUUGAGUGAAGGAAGUGAGUUUGUAUCAGUUGUAUUUAAAAUAAAUGGAAGUGAAUUUGUACGAGGUGGUCAUGUGAUAGCAAAGCAUGGAUGCUGGUCUCUUCUAAAAGGUGGCAUAGUUGCCAACUUUUCAAGCCCUGCUGAGAUUCUUUUUGAGUGCGAGAAUCCAACUGUGGAACUAUGGGCUGAUAGUGUCUCCUUACAACCAUUCACCAAGAAACAAUGGAGAUCACAGCAAGACGAUAGCGUUGAGAGGGUACGCAAGAGCAAGGUGAGAUUCCAUGUAACUCAUCUAAACAAAACAGAAAUGGAAGGAGCAUCAAUUGUCAUCAAACAAACAAAGGCAAAUUUCCCACUUGGAUGUGGGAUGAACCAUUACAUCCUUACAAACUUUGAGUACCAGAGAUGGUUUGUGUCAAGAUUCAAGUACACAGCUUUUACUAAUGAGAUGAAGUGGUAUAGUACAGAGAGAUUUCAAGGCCAGGAAAACUAUACUAUCCCAGAUGCCAUGAUGAAAUUCGCCAAAGAAAAUGGCAUUUCUGUCAGAGGUCAUACCGUUUUCUGGGACGAUGAAACUUUUCAGCCUAAAUGGGUUAAGUUCCUAUCUCCUGAAGAAUUACGAAAAGCGGCUGCAAAAAGAAUAAGAUCUGUGGUUUCAAGGUAUAGAGGACAACUGAUUGCAUGGGACGUUGUGAAUGAGAAUGUCCACUACCACUUUUUUGAGAACAAACUCGGCGAAAAUGCCUCGCCAAUAUAUUAUUCAACAGCUUACCAUCUUGAUCCAGAAAUCAAAAUGUUCAUGAAUGAGUUUAACACCAUUGAAUCAAGUGGAGAUCGGGUAGUCAGCCCACCUAAUUAUAUCAGGAAACUUAAGGAGAUUCAGCGAUUUCCAGGAACUGCUGGAAUAUCAUUGGCCAUUGGGGUGCAAGGCCAUUUUAGACUUGGUCGACCAAACUAUGCUUACAUGAGGUCAAGUCUAGAUCUUCUUGGUGCAACUGGACUUCCUAUAUGGCUCACAGAAACAAGUGUCAAUCCUCAACCAAAUCAGGCAGAGUAUCUUGAAGACGUGCUAAGAGAGGCUUACUCUCAUCCAGCUGUUCAAGGGAUUAUAAUUUUUGCUGGUCCGGAACAAGUUGGUUUCGGCGAUACAUUACUCGCAGAUGCAAAUUUUCGAAAUACUCCAACUGGAGACAUUGUGGACAAGCUGAUUCGUGAGUGGGGAACUGGAACUCAUACAGCCAUAGCAGACAGUAGAGGGAUUAUAGAUAUUUCACUUCAUCAUGGAGAUUAUGAUGUAACUGUUACACAUCCUCUAACCAAACACUCCAAAAAAUUGAAUAUAAGUGUAAAGAAAGGAUCUUCACCGGAAACUAUCCAUGUGAAAAUGCAUGCCUAAAAAGCAGCCACCUUUUAUGUCAAUUUUGACAGAUUAUAGUAAUAAAAUGAUGACU